AUGUAUAGUAAAAAGGCCACCAAUUUGGAGGAAAUUGUGGCUUCAGUACCUUCCACUUUUGCCUCAGCUAAUGGUCAGGCAGAAGACCUGCACACUGUUAAGAAGGGGGUGGUGAAGCAGGAGGAGGUGUGCGUCAUCGAUGCGCUGCUGGCCGACAUAAGGAAAGGGUUCACGCUGAGAAAGACAAAGAACAGACACGAGUCGGAUGCACUUCCUAAAAGCUCACCUGCAGAGAGCCCGGAGGAGAGCCAGUCUGGAAAGAGCAUUAAGGAUCCACAAGCAGCAGGAAAGCAGAUCGAUGAUAAGACCAAGCAAAACAACAAUGGUCAUCCCUCAGAAAGCACUCCCCCUUCAACCACUGCCCUGAUGGAGAUGAGUGGAGAUGUUACAAAUGCCUCAGCUUCAAACCAGGCAUUAUCUAAAAACAAUGCUGGAGGAAAUUUGCCACCAGAGUCCUGGACAGAAAGCCCCUCAGUAAGCUUGGUGGAAGCAGACGGGGACAGUCAGCCCAUGCCAGGUGCCGGGAUGGAGCCGGCAGACAGCUGGGCAAGCCUCCAGCCAAGCACGAAGAGCGGCUCCAUUGCCUUCUCUGCUGCUAACAUAGGCACAGGGAUAAGGUUUGCAAGCAGCAGUUCGGGCACUGCUCUGAGAGACCAACUCAAUGGAUCCAUCUCAGAAGGCCAGGACAAUGAAUGCCCAGCUGAUGGCUCAGAGAGCUACAGGCUGGUGCAGGAGCCAGAAACCCAGCCGAGCGAGACUGGAGUCGACACUGGCAGUGCUCAGUCCACUCCCUGCAAUGAGGCUCAUCGGGCAGAGUCGAAAGAGAUGGCAAAGGAAAACGAAGACCCUGGUACAGAUUCGCUGUUGGACACCUCACAAGAGAAGUCCUUCUCGGAGGAGCCAGCCACCGACUCCUCUUGUUCUGCAACGCUCCCCCCAGGGCAAACUCACACCGACAGGGAAAAGCAGAGGCCAUCUGGGAAACGGAGGAAGAAGAAGAGGCACAGCAAAAGCUACUCAGGUGUCACGGCAAGGCAGAAGAAAUAACAGAGACCCAGUGAAUCACUCACAUGUCCCCGGAGUGCUGCCAGCUUCUCAGAAGCCAGGCUCUGCAUCGCCAAAACGCCACCGUGGUCACCUCUGCCCCACCAGAACGCACCGCUUCUCCUCGCGCAGCCUUUCGCUCCCCUCCCCAAGACCCAAAGAGCCUCCCCUGAGACUUCGGCCCCCUCGGCCCGUGCCUUACGCUGGGGGCCCAUGGGAACGGGGGACGGUUCUGCGCCUGGUGGCAUGAAAGGGUCAGACCUCUCGCCCGCUGUCCUCAAAGCCAAGUCUUUGAACCUGCUCUUAGGCCAAACUUGAAAUGACAGCUGAGUGUGGCCCAAGAAAGGACCACAGUGUUUAGCGCUCAGAGAAAUUUUAAAAAUAGCAGUGCCUCAACUAAAUUAAGGGUAUAAAUUAAGCAGUGGCUGUACCGUCACAGGUGGAAGCAUGUUACUCCCUCUUCUCAUUGCCCACUGAUGAUUUAUAUUGGACCAGGUCCAAGACCCAGAUCAGACAAAUGUAUUUUUACUCUCAAUCAUUUAAAGCAAGGGAAAUCGGAUACAGGG